AUGCGUAUAGAAGCUGCUUUGCUAUGGUAUUCGAGACCAUCAUGGACUGGCAAAAUAUAUUGCGGCGCGAAGUUUCCGAGUGUGCAGCCACUACACCCGGCCGCUGUGCAACGCAUGCAGCUCAGCGAGCCUUGGCCUCUGGAGCAGCGCGCCGCAAUGCACAUUUCAGCUGCAGAUUUUUCUGCCCGUGAUGUUUCUGCGUAA